GUAAACUGAGCAGGGCUCUGGGGCGCUGGGGCGGAGAAGGCGACCUGGAGCCGGGGGUACGCACGCACGGACUGAGGCCAGGGCAGUGUGGCGCAAGAACCCAGCAGGCAUUCGCAGGCACCCGGGAGCACCGCCGAGCCAUGGCCCUGAGCGACCUGGCUCUGCUCCGAUGGCUGCGGGACAGCCGCCACUCGCGCAAGCUGAUCCUGUUCAUCGUGUUCCUCGCGCUGCUGCUGGACAACAUGCUGCUCACCGUCGUGGUUCCCAUCAUCCCCAGUUACCUGUACAGCAUUAAGCAUGAGAAAAAUACUACAGAAAUCCAGACCACUAAGCCAGCACUCACAGCCUCCACCUCCGGAAGCUUCCAGGGCAUAUUCUCAUACUAUGACAACUCUACUAUUCCCAUCACUGGGAAUGUCACCGGGAAUGCUACCGGGGGCCUCCCAGGGGAGCAGCCAAACAAGGCUACCACCACACAGCACAUGGUGACCAACACUUCCAUUGUCCCUUCUGACUGUCCGAGCGAAGACAAAGACCUCCUGAAUGAAAAUGUGCAAGUUGGGUUGCUGUUUGCCUCCAAAGCCACUGUCCAGCUCCUUACCAACCCAUUCAUAGGACUGCUGACCAACAGAAUUGGCUAUCCAAUUCCCAUGUUCGCUGGAUUCUGCAUUAUGUUUAUCUCAACAGUUAUGUUUGCCUUCUCCAGCAGCUAUGCCUUCCUGCUGAUCGCCAGGUCCCUGCAGGGAAUCGGCUCCUCUUGCUCAUCCGUGGCUGGAAUGGGCAUGCUGGCCAGCGUGUAUACAGAUGAUGAGGAGAGGGGUAACGCCAUGGGGAUUGCUUUGGGGGGCCUGGCCAUGGGGGUCUUAGUGGGACCUCCUUUUGGGAGCGUGCUCUAUGAGUUUGUGGGGAAGACAGUUCCUUUCCUGGUUCUAGCUGCCUUGGUGCUCUUAGAUGGAGCUAUUCAACUCUUUGUGCUCCAGCCAUCCCGAGUGCAGCCAGAGAGUCAGAAGGGGACGCCCCUAACCACCCUGCUGAAGGAUCCAUACAUCCUCAUCGCGGCAGGCUCCAUCUGCUUUGCAAACAUGGGGAUAGCCAUGCUGGAGCCCGCCCUGCCCAUCUGGAUGAUGGAGACCAUGUGUUCCCGAAAGUGGCAGCUGGGCAUUAUUUUCUUGCCAGCAAGUAUCUCUUAUCUCAUUGGAACCAAUAUUUUUGGGAUACUGGCACACAAAAUGGGAAGGUGGCUUUGUGCUCUUCUGGGAAUGAUAAUUGUUGGAUUCAGCAUUUUAUGUAUUCCUUUUGCAAAAAAUAUCUAUGGACUCAUCGCUCCCAACUUUGGAGUUGGUUUUGCAAUUGGGAUGGUGGAUUCCUCCAUGAUGCCUAUCAUGGGUUACCUGGUCGACCUACGGCACGUGUCUGUUUAUGGAAGUGUAUAUGCCAUUGCAGAUGUGGCCUUUUGUAUGGGGUAUGCUAUUGGUCCCUCUGCUGGUGGUGCCAUCGCAAAGGCAAUCGGCUUUCCUUGGCUCAUGACAAUUAUCGGGAUAAUUGAUAUUGUUUUUGCUCCACUCUGCUUUUUUCUUCGAAGUCCACCUGCUAAGGAAGAAAAAAUGGCUAUCCUCAUGGACCACAACUGUCCCAUUAAAACAAAAAUGUACACUCAGAAUAAUGUUCAGUCAUAUCCCAUCGGUGACGAUGAAGAAUCUGAAAGUGACUGAGACCCUCUAAAGUUGCCAAGUGCUUAACCGUGUAGCAGUGUUUCCAGUGAAAUGACUCGCGCAGAGCUGUCUUAGUCACAUCAUCCAUUCCUGGCAAAGAGUAAAACAACCAAAGGUGAUAUUUUUUUUUCCAUGGUUAUGAUCGACUGCCAACAGCCUUAUAAAGAAAAAGCAGCUUUUCUAGGGGUUUGUAUAAAUAGUGUUGAAAACUUUAUUUUAUGUAUUUGAUUUUAUUAAAUAUUAUACAAUAUAUUUUGACGAAAUAG